UCUGAUGUAACUUUUUCUCAUUCAGAACUUGAGUCUCUUAAAACAGAAAUGAAGAAUUUGCAAGUACAACUGGAUACUUUAAAAUCGAUCAUCACUAAAACUCAGAAAGUUCUCCUUGUCCCCAAUGGUGUGAUGGUGGGUGAAAAAAUAUUCAAAACAGACGGCUCCAGGGGUGAUUUUGAUGCUGCACAAGCCAACUGUGAGCACAUGGGUGGCACUCUGGCUGUGCCACGGAAUGCUGCAGAGAACAGCGCCCUCCAUCAAAUAGUGGCAUGGCAUAAUGGAAGAGCAGUUCUUGGAAUCAACGACAGGGCAACAGAAGGCAAGUUUGAGGAUCUCAAUGGUCAAGUCAUUGAAUACUCAAAUUGGGCUCCAGGAGAACCAAAUAAUGUUGGCAAUGAAGACUGUGCAGAAAUGCAUCCGGAUGGCAAGUGGCAUGAUAGAGGUUGUGCACUUGAGUGGUUAGUAAUCUGUGAAUUCUAAAAACUUGAUUAGUCUUUUGACAAAAAGAAAAGAAAAGGAACAUCACAGUGCACCGAAACAUACAGUUUACUUUGAUUCUAUAAAGUUUUCUCAAGAAGACACAGUUUUAUUUUGAUUGAUUCUGUUUCUAAGAAUAAGUUAAACACAUGCUUCCGGCAUCUAUAUAGUAGGUUUUCUCUGAAUACAGAAGUGGACACUGCUGAUCUAUAGAUACAUUCAUGACUUUCUGAUCAACCUCUGUUGCUUAUGAUUUUUAGAUUGUUACCCAGUUCACAUUAUUCCAGUCCUACAGUUUUUUUAAUGCAUUCACUUGAGCAUGCAAAACUUUGAGACAGCUACUGAAGGACAUGAUCUUUCAGACAAUGGAGUAGAAGAGAGAUAAUCACUUAGUGCAAAAGAUCCUAACUACAAACUAAUUUUUAAAAAUCCUAUUCUCUGUUUAAAUUCUUGUGAGGUGUAUUGUUGUUGCUGCUGUUUUUCUUCUCUUGCUUGGGUUUUAGCUUUUCAUAAACUGUCUUGUAAAUGCAAUGUGUUCUUAAAGGCAGCUAACUGGAAAUGAUCCACUACAAAGAAAACCUGAUUCCCUGCAACUUGUCCCCAUUUGACUAGGACAAGCCUGAUUAAUCCUCUGUCAUCCCACUUUUCCAACUGCUUUUUAAAAAAAAUCUCAAUUUUUCAGUUUUUUUUUAAUUUAUCCCUUUGUCCCAGCUUUUAUGAAUUGCUGAACCACAGAAGACCACAGGUGAACAAAAAUAUUUGUGACAUAACCUCCAAAUCCGGAAUAAUUGAGCACUGAGUUUGUUUUUAAUAAUGCUAAUAUGUCAUCAGUAAAUGCUUUGAAUAAUCUA